AUGGCCACUCCAGAAACAAAACUCUUCAUUAACGGCGAAUUCGUGCCCAGCGUUUCUGGCAAGACAUUCCCAAUCUUCAAUCCUACAACCGAAGAAAAGAUCACCGACGUUUUUGAAGCCGAUGCUGCCGACGUUGAUGCUGCCGUCACUGCUGCAGAAAACGCAUUUCCGGCUUGGAAGAGUCUCUCCGCACAUGACCGUAUCAAUAAGUGCUUGAAAUUUGCCGAGCUUAUCGAGAGAGAUCAAUUCGAGAUCGCCAAACUCGAUGCUGAGAAUAUCGGCAUGCCCGUGUCGGUGAAUCAUCUUUUCAUUCAGAGAGCAAUUCGAGACAUCAAGCAUACAUCUGGAUUAGCCCACGAUCCUUAUGGGGUGUGUGCUGCCAUUCUCGCUUGGAACGCACCAGUCGUGAUAUUCACCGCCAAAGUCAUUCCAUGUAUAGUGGCAGGCAACACAAUCAUCGUCAAGUCAUCGGAGAAAGCCCCUCUCUCCUCUCUCAAACUGGGCGCACUGGCAGCCGAGGCUGGAUUCCCUCCGGGAGUUAUCAAUGUACUUUCUGGAUUCGGCCAUACUGUUGGCGCAGCCUUGUCCAGCCAUAUGAAGAUUCGCAAGCUUACAUUUACCGGCUCUACUCGUGCAGGCAAGCUCAUUCAAGAGGCAGCCGCAAAGUCGAAUCUAAAAUCCGUUGCACUUGAAAUGGGAGGCAAGAAUCCACUAAUCGUAUUCCCCGACUGCGACAUUGAAGAGACCGCGGGCUCUGCUGCUGCCAGCUUGAAGUUUAAUUCGGGCCAGAUCUGUGUCUCAAAUUCACGAAUCUAUGUCCAUAAAGACAUAUUCCAAAAGUUCCUCAAAGCCUUCAGUGAAAAGUUCGUGGAGACCAAGUUUGGAAGCCCGCUGGAGCCCACCACCUUUUUCGGUCCGCAAGCCGACAAACUGCAAUUUGACCAGAUAUCAAAAUUCAUUGAACAGGCUAAAUCUGCAGGUGCAAAUCUAGUUACUGGCGGUAGCCGUGCCACAAGCAAGGGAUAUUAUAUCCAGCCAACAGUCUUUGCACAAGUCCCCGCCAACGCCGAAAUUUUACAUGAGGAAAUCUUUGGCCCAGUAGCUGUGGUUCAAGAGUUUGAGACAGAAUAUGAGGUGAUUGCAGAGUGUAAUAAGACGGAGUAUGGCCUGCACGCUGGCCUUUACACCAGAGACAUAUCGCGCGCAUGUCGAGUAGCCACAGCAUUGGAGACUGGAGUCGUCACAGUGAACUCUGGUGGCAGCGUUGGCGCCUAUGACAUGCCUUUUGGCGGCUGGAAACAGUCCGGUAAUGGCAGAGAAUUGGGCAAGUUGGGGCUUGAAGAAUUUUAUGAGAUUAAAACAGUUAUAAUCACGUUGUAG